GAGCGAUACCAUAUUUAAAGAUUAGGACCCCUUCUCUUUCCCUGCCAGUAACUGUGGUUAAUGUGUAACCAAAGCAAAUGCUGAUUGACCCAUGUUGCUGCUCGCUUGUGUUGUCAGUGGUACCAAUGAUUUUCCGGUCAGUUAUACAAUACACUGUUAGUUUUCAGCUCAACUAACCAACUUUUUUCUUCUCUUUUCUUCAGCAGAGUAAAAAAGCAAAACAGACAAGAUGUGUUGCUCCGGCUUUCUCAAAAUUAUGAUGUUUAUCUUCAAUGGCGCCAUCUUUGUGGCAGGUGGAGCCAUUCUGGGUGUGGGAGUGUGGUUUCAGGUGGACAGCAGUUCUGUGCUGGGUUUCACGGAGGAAGUGAGAGAUGCUUCCGCUGAGAUAGCCCAGCUGAUCAACGUCAGCUACCUGCUCAUCGCUGUGGGCGCUGUGCUUCUGAUCAUUGGCUUCCUGGGCUGUUGUGGAGCAGUUAUGAAGAACAGGUGUAUGCUGCUGACGUUCUUCAUCAUUGUACUGAUUAUCUUCAUCGUUCAAGUUGCAGGAGCCAUUGUGCUGUUUGUCUUCACGGAUGUGGCUGAAGAGCCUCUUGGAGAUCUGGAGCAAGAAGUUAGGGAGAAUAUUGAGAACAGAUAUGGAAUUGAGGACAGUAGCGUGACCCAUUUCUGGGACACGACUAUGGAGGGGCUGCAAUGCUGUGGAUUCAACAACUACACAGAUUUUGAUGGCUCCCCCUUUCAUAAUAACUCCAGAGGUCUUUAUCCACCUCAGUGCUGCAAUUCAAAUGUGACUGUUUGCAGUUCAAGCGAAGCACAAUCAUCGAACAUUAGUGGCUGCUUUAUCAUGCUGGUGAAGCUGAUCGAGGACAACGCAUUGAUCAUUGCAGCUGUGGCAAUAGGAAUCGCUGCUAUUGAGAUUGCUGCCAUGGUGGUUUCAAUGAUUCUCUACAAAAAGGCUGGAAAAAAGGGCCGUUUGGCAUGAUCUAGCAAUUUUGUAAUUGUUGGAAAAAAUUUACAAAGAAGUUUUCUGGAUAUAAAGUGUUUUAUUUAAUUCAGAACAGACAGUUUGACAAAUAAAUGCUCCAUGUAGACUGACUUGUAGAGCUUUAAAAUCAAAGAUGAAGACGUCAUUAGUGGAUCUGAUAUGUUCUUCGUUUCAUGACUGUACACAUUUACUGUAUAUUACAAUUUAUUUAUGUUGGAAGAAUGGCUGUCCUUAGCUGACGUGCUGAUGCAUUUAUCAAGUUACGUGAAAUGACGCACUGUGCAGUGAAAUCUGGUCACAUUUUCCACGUUUGUUAUUCCCUUGUCUCUGUAAUUAUAUGAUACAUUUAUUUUUGUAUGUUUGAUUAUAUUGAAAAAUGCAAUAUUAAAGUUUUGGAACGUGUAAAUUUUA